CAGCACCCUUUGAUUGACCAAUCAGAAAGCAGAGAUGAUGGGACGUCAGCGAGGUCAACGGGAAGUGUCAUGUCAGCCUCCAGUGCGGCGUCUCGUCCGGCGGCAGCGAUGCUCGGCCUGUCCAUUAGAGAGGUGUCCCAGGCACUGAGGGAUGGGAGGGUGUCUGCCACGGAGCUCUGCAGAAAAUGCAUCAACCAAAUACAAAGGACACGUUACCUGAAUGCAUUUAUCACCAUCACAGAGGAGACAGCUAUGGAGCAAGCACAGAGAGCAGACAACAGGCUCCGCACAGGUAAACCUCUUGGUCCCCUGGAUGGCAUUCCUUUCUCUGUGAAAGACAACUUCUGCACGGAAAACAUUGAGACGACUUGUGCUUCAAACAUGCUUAAAGGUUAUGUUCCUCCAUUCAAUGCUACAGUUGUGCAGAAGCUGUUGGAUCAAGGAGCAGUUCAUGUUGGGAAAACUAAUUUGGAUGAGUUUGCAAUGGGAGCUGGAAGUACAGAUGGGGUGUUUGGUCCAGUUCGUAACCCAUGGAGCUACACAAGCCUAUACCGUGAGCAGAGCACAGAAGAUCCAGAUUCUGACUGGGCAAUCACAGGAGGAAGUUCAGGAGGUAGUGCUGCAGCAGUGGCGUCUCUCAGCAGCUUCCUAGCCUUGGGAUCUGAUACAGGAGGCUCUACACGAAACCCUGGUUCUCUCUGUGGGGUCGUGGCUCUGAAACCCACUUACGGCCUGCUCUCUCGUCACGGACUCAUCCCUCUGGUCAACUCAAUGGAUGUGCCAGGAAUCAUGACCAGGAGUGUCCAUGAUGCUGCCACUGUCUUGAGGAUUCUGCAGGGCCGAGAUGAGAGAGACUCAACAACUGUCCAGGCACCCAGCACCCCACCCAGCCUUCCUGAACACUUUGACAUUAGAGACAUAUGUGUCGGCAUACCAAAGGAAUAUCACGCCCCGGGCCUGUCUAAAGACACUCUGGCCCAGUGGAGUCGAGUCGCAGCCAUGUUUGAGCAGGCAGGGGCACGGGUACAAGAAGUAUCUCUGCCACACACACAGCACUCCAUCGUCUGUUACCACGUCCUGUGUUGCUGUGAGGUUGCAUCCAACAUGGCACGUUUCGAUGGGCUUGAAUAUGGCCAUCGUAGUAAAGUCGACAGUUCCACAGAUGCCAUGUACGCCACCACGCGACAUGAAGGCUUCAACAAUGUGGUUCGCCGAAGAAUCCUCUCCGGAAACUACUUCCUUCUGCAAUCGAACUAUGAGCGUUACUUUGUGAAAGCUCAACAGAUGCGGCGUCUUAUCGCUGAAGAUUUUAAAAACGUGUUCCGCUCUGGCAUAGAUGUUCUCCUGACACCCACAACAUUGAGCGAUGCAGCACGCUACUGUGACUUCAUACAGGAAGACAACCGAACACGCAGUGCUCAGGAGGAUGUUUUCACCCAACCUGUCAACAUGGCAGGUUUGCCUGCUGUCACGGUACCAACAGCCCUCUCACACCGAGGUCUUCCCAUCAGCCUGCAGCUGAUUGGUCAGACACUACAGGACUGGAAGUUGUUGACAGUAGCCCACUGGAUGGAACAACAAGUCAACUUUCCAAUGAUCCAUUUGCAUGGAGACUCAAAUGAGAGGGAGUUGGACCUAUCAGUCAGAGAAAGGACACAUACGAUAGGUUCAUAACCAGAAUGCAAAGACUCAUUGGUUGGAGUUCAGAGGAAAUGAAACCUAUGAGGGUUAAAUUUGGUGUCUAGGUUCAUGAGAAGUGAGAAUAUAAGUAUGAAUGCUGUAUAAGUGCACCCUGAAUCUACAUGACUCUCUCUCUAUUUUGGACUGUGGUCUGUAUGAUUCAUCAACUUAUAUUUACUCUGCAGCAUUGAUGUAAGUGGAGUUAAACUGGCUAGUAAUAAUAUUUAAAAAAGACAAGAAACAGUAACAGUCAUUUUAUUUGUAAACAUUGUGAGGACAAUAAAGCGUAAUUGGCAAUUCAGGUUUUAAUAAAUCAAGUAUAUAUAAUUAUUUUAAAACAUUAAACAUGGCAUUGUGCCAUGAACUGUGAUCUUAAAAAUGACCUGUAAACCGUUCACUGUAGAUGAAGAUAUUUUAGAAAAUAAUUCAGGGAGGGAAAACUUGAGUGAAGGUAAAAUAAUCAUCACGUAUACAGUCAAGUAGCUUGUUGUCUGAGAGAAUGGUUGUAGUUUUCCAGAAGAACAAUACUGAAUCCACAGUUUGCACAGUUUGCACAGUUUGCAUGGCAACCAAAGCAGCAAACCGCGUUUGUGGUACACAGUUUAACCACGCUUUGAAAGUGCACACAUCCUGUUUCUAACGAAUGACAAUAGCCUUUUUUUUCCAGAUAUGAGCUUCACAUAUGUACAGAAUGUACAUGUCUCAGUUCUUUUUUAUGGCUAAGGUUAUUAACUGAAUAAAGGGAGCUGGUGUAUUUCCAUCAAAAGUCAGGUUGC